CUUCGAAUGGGUCGGGUACAACUGAAAAGCCAGAAUGCAAAAUUGCGAUCCAAGCGACUCUGUCCAGACAAAGGUCCUUGCUGAGAGUGUCCCAAAACUCUUACCACAUCAUAGAAAGAUGAAAUUUGGGGGUUCACAGAGAUUCCCUGUAUUUCCUCGCCCUGUCCACCGCAAUUACCUCCAUAAGCAGCACCGCUGCUUCACUUCCUUCGUUAAAAAGUUCCAAAGAGCCACGCAAUCUCGAGCUUCUUCCAAUGGCGGCAGUGGCAGCUCCCAAGGUCAUUAUUUUUUGGUGCCUGGUGCAACUGUGGCUACGUUACUUAUGCUGAGUGUUCUUCAUGCUCGUCGUAUGUAUGAUGACAAAAAAGUUGAAGAGGCACGGGAGAAAGGAAUUGAAUCUGAGUUCCAACCUGAUAUAAAAGCUACUUACCUACAAUUGCUGCCUCUACGCUCCAUUUCCAGAUGUUGGGGUUACUUGACAAGCAUGGAGAUUCCUGUCUGGCUACGUCCGCAUGUGUAUAGAGCUUGGGCUCGGGCAUUCCAUACAAACUUGGAAGAAGUUGCUUUGCCUUUAGAUGGAUAUGCUACUUUACAAGAGUUCUUUGUUCGCACCUUGAAAGAAGGUUGCAGGCCUCUUGAUCCUGACCCACAAUGUCUGGUUAGUCCGGUUGAUGGUACAAUCUUAAGAUUUGGAGAGAUAAAAGGAGCAGGAGCUAUGAUCGAGCAAGUCAAAGGGUUUUCUUAUUCUGUUUCUUCACUUCUUGGUGCAAGCUCAUACCUUCCUAUGGUGGCUGCAGUGGAUGCAGAUGGAGAAACAGGUGAACCAGAAAACUCUUCGAGAGAGAACAGUAAGAGGUCUUGGUGGAGAGUUUCACUGGCUUCUCCUAAAUUUUGGGAUCCUAUGUCGGCAUGUCCCAUGAAAGGUCUAUUUUACUGUGUAAUUUAUUUAAAGCCUGGAGACUAUCAUCGCAUACAUUCGCCAGCUGAUUGGAAUAUUGUUAUUCGCCGGCAUUUCUCAGGUCACCUAUUUCCUGUGAAUGAACGUGCUGCAAGAACUAUCAGAAACCUUUAUAUUGAAAACGAAAGGGUUGUGCUUGAAGGUCUAUGGCCAGAAGGGUUUAUGGCAAUUGCUGCAAUUGGUGCAACAAAUAUUGGUUCAAUUAAGCUUUCAAUUGAACCAGAGCUCCAGACAAAUCGGCAAAGAGGGAAGUUAUUGCAGGCUGAGCCUCCAGAAGAACGGUUAUAUGAGCCUGAAGGAAUUGGAAUGACUGUUAAGAAAGGCGAUGAGGUAGCUUCUUUCCACAUGGGAUCAACCGUGGUGCUCAUCUUUCAGGCUCCAGUGAAAAACAAGGAUUCCUCGUCAGAGUUCAAGUUUUGUAUUCAACGAGGAGACAAAAUUCGAGUCGGAGAAGCCUUGGGAAGGUGGCGGGAUAGUAGCAACUAACAUACCUUCUGUACAGCGCAUUACAAAGUCAUUGAUAAAGUAAAUUGCAGCUGAGAUUUAUUUUAGUACAUCAAUCAAAGGAAGUGGUUUGUUUU